GACAUAAAUCGUCCUCGUGGCAACAUCAACAACUUUCAACAUGGGCAGAUGGCAGGUUUGAAAGAAACUAAGUCAUAUCCAGAGGAUGUGCUUGUGCCGGGCCAGCUGCAGAGUGUCCCUCAAGCCAUCUCGACCUGGGAUAUCCAGAGAUGCGUACUGGAAAUCAAUAUCUCAAUUUCGAGUGAUCGAGCAUGUCGUACCGGCUCAGCAUACGAGACACUGGCCGAGAGGCACUGACGUCGGCUACGAAAAUACUUUGAGGAUUGCAGUAAAGCAAUAUGUCCCGAAGAGCAAUAACACCCCUCAGAUUGGAGACGUCACCUUUAUUGCUGCCCAUGCCAAUGGCUUUCCAAAGGAGCUUUAUGAGCCCUUGUUUGAAGAGCUGCAAGUAAAUCUGAGCACUCUUGGACGGAGAAUACGUGGUAUUUGGAUCGCCGACAUUGCUCACCAAGGCCAAAGUGGCAUACUCAAUGAAGAAGCAUUGGGAAAUGAUCCCAACUGGUGGGAUUUUGCAAGAGAUCUCCUAUUCUUGAUCAACCAGAAGCAGGAUCAAAUGUCUCAGCCACUCGUAGGGAUCGGCCAUAGCAUGGGAGGAUCACAGUUGGCUCAGCUUGCCUUGAUCCACCCUGGCUUACUGCAAGCUCUUAUCCUGAUCGAUCCGGUCAUCCAGACGGAGAAUCCCAGCAAGGCAUUCGCUAAAGCCUCGACAUACCGACGUGACCUUUGGCCAUCGAGAACAGCAGCAGCACAAAGCUUUGCUAGUAGCAGAUUCUACCAAGCGUGGGAUCGGCGCGUGCUUGAGAGAUGGGUUAAGUAUGGUCUCAGAGACCUACCCACCGAACUCUACCCUGAGCGUGGAGACGGCCAAGAACCUCCAGUGACCUUGACGACCACCAAGGCACAAGAGGUCUUUUCGUACUUGAGGCCAAAGUACUACGGCUCUUCAGGUAUCGCCUCGGAGGACGACCGUGACGUGUACGGGGACAUGCAUCCGGAUGAUGUGGAGAAAGAGUAUCCCUUUUACCGUCCGGAGCCUGCAGAGAUCUUCCGCCGGCUACCGGAGUUGAAGCCACCGGUUCUAUAUAUCUUUGGGAAGUCCUCGGAGCUUGCAACACCUACAUUAAGAAGAAAGAAAAUGGAGACAACUGGAAUUGGAGUUGGAGGCAGUGGUGGAGAACGAGCAGGUAGGGUCAAAGAGGUGGUGUUGGAGUGUGGCCAUCUCGUGCCCAUGGAAAAGGUCAGUGCUUGUGCAGAAGCCGCUGCUUCAUUUACAGCGUCUGAGGUAGAUCGCUGGCAGAAAAUGACUCAGGAAUGGCAACGACGAUGGCUAAAAAGGCCUCGGAAGGAAAGAAUUGGCAUAGACGACGAAUGGAGGGAGAUGAUUGGGCCAAAAGCACAACGUUCUUGAUGAAACGACAAGCACUCUCCUGAUCGCAAGGGGAUGAUCAUAUCGGCUGUGCCACUGUUAUCUGAAUUAUUGAAGUGUUCAGGAUGAUUUGAAGCUGUCGUGGACUUCAGCAGUGAAGACAAAUGUUGUCUGAUUGAGGAAGGUUUGCCUAAUUCAGUCACG